AUGCUUGCCUCGAGUCGGGGUCUAAAAUCACGUGCCAAGUAAUAUCAAAUUAAUACAUGCCGACCAAUCUCGGAUUCACCACUCUACCAGUCAUACCAGUCAUACUUCGCCGUGCAAGAGAUUGGCCAUGAACCCGUCCGCUUAAUUAUAGCCCAGGUUGGAUGUUGGCGCUUACCAUGCAUCAAGCUGGGUGGUUGUUGUGGUCAGAGGCAUGAAGCACAUGAACUAGAAAAUAGUGCCGAAACAAAAUAGGGGAGAUAAUGGCUCAAAGCGUAAGAAAGGAAACAGGUUUCCCUCAAAAAUUUUGGGAGGAUCCCUCUAUUGUAAAGUGGAACAAAAGAACUGCUCAUGUUCCCUUGCACUGUCAUGCAACAGUUGAAGGAGCUUUAAGAUUUUGGAUUGAGCGCAACAAUGUUGAUUUCGAGGCUGCUACUCUGGCAGCAUGGGGAGAUGAAUCUGUUUCGGCUUCUCUUGAGAGUGCUGCAUUUUGGGUCAAAGAAUUACCUUAUGUUAUGUCUUUGAGUGGCUACUGGAAUUUCUUUCUAGUUCCAAAUCCUGAAGAAGCUCCUCAGAAGUUUUAUGAGAUCAGCUUUGACGACUCUACAUGGGGAACCUUGCCAGUUCCAUCAAAUUGGCAAAUGCAUGGUUUUGAUAUUCCAAUUUACACAAACACUGAGUAUCCAUUUCCACUCAAUCCACCAUUUGUCAGCACUGAAAACCCCACUGGAUGCUAUCGAAAAUCUUUCAUUCUUCCGGAUGAAUGGAGAGGUCGUCGUGUGUUUUUACACUUUGAGGCAGUUGAUUCAGCAUUCUAUGCUUGGAUAAAUGGUGUACUUGUGGGGUACAGCCAGGAUAGUCGGCUUCCUGCAGAAUUUGAGAUCACUGAAAUUUGUUAUGAACCUGGUUCUUCCAAGGAAAAUAUAUUAGCGGUUCAAGUGAUAAGGUGGAGUGAUGGGUCUUAUCUGGAAGAUCAAGAUCAUUGGUGGCUAUCUGGUAUUCACCGUGAUGUUAUUCUUCUGUCAAAGCCACAGGUGUUUAUAUCAGAUUACUUUUUUAAGACACAUUUGGCUGAAGAUUUUUCUUCUGCAGACAUCCAAGUUGAAUUGGUAGUUGAAGCGCAAAGAAAAAUUGUUGAAAGUGGUGAUCUAGUCCUUUAUUCAGCAGAAGCUUGUCUUUGUGAUUCACGGAAAUUGUUCAAGGACAGUGACCAUUUUGAUUUACAUUCAACAGAAUUUACUUGGUUAAAUCCCUGCCAAAAGAUUGAAAAUAAAGUUGGUACUCAGGGUUAUGGUAUGCUAAGUGGAACAAUUCAAAGCCCAAGUCUGUGGUCUGCAGAACAUCCAGCCCUGUAUAUUCUUCUAGUUAUGCUGAAAGACUCAUCAGGCAAUUUGAUAGACUGUGAAGCUUGCCAAGUUGGCAUCCGGAAGAUUUCGUUCAGACCAAAAGAAUUACUUGUCAAUGGGAAACCGAUUCUCAUAUGUGGAGUCAAUAGACAUGAACAUCAUCCACGAGUGGGGAAAACUAACAUCGAAUCUUGCAUGAUUAAGGACUUGGUUCUUAUGAAGCAACAUAACAUUAAUGCUGUAAGAAAUAGCCAUUAUCCACAGCAUCCUCGUUGGUAUGAGCUAUGUGACCUUUUUGGAAUGUACAUGAUUGAUGAAGCAAAUAUAGAAACACAUGGUUUUUAUUCUUCAAUACCACUUAGCCAAAAAACACAUCCUACCUCACAGCCAAUCUGGGCAUAUUCCAUGUUGGACCGUGUAAUAAACAUGAUGGAAAGAGACAAAAACCAUUCAUGCAUUAUAUCAUGGUCACUAGGAAAUGAAUCUGGAUAUGGACCAAAUCAUUCAGCUUCAGCAGGUUGGCUGCGUGAAAGAGACCCCACAAGAGCACUACAUUAUGAGGGUGGUGGAGCUAGAACUACGGUAACAGAUAUUGUAUGUCCUAUGUACAUGCGUGUCUGGGACAUUGUGAAGAUUGGGAAGGACCCUACUGAGGGAAGACCACUUAUUCUUUGCGAGUAUUCACAUUCAAUGGGAAACAGUAAUGGGAACAUUCAUAAAUAUUGGGAAGCAAUCAAUAGCACACCAGGUCUUCAGGGAGGUUUUAUAUGGGAGUGGGUUGAUCAGGGCUUGUUAAAGGAGGGAGUUGAUGGGAAUAAACACUGGGCAUAUGGAGGUGACUUUGGGGACAGUCCAAAUGACCUUAACUUCUGUUUGAAUGGGCUCACAUGGCCAGAUAGAACCCCUCAUCCAGCACUUCAUGAAGUAAAAUAUGUUUACCAACCAAUAAGGAUUGCACUAAGGGAGAACACCAUUGAGAUACAUAACCAGCAAUUCUUUGGUACAACAGAAACUUUGGAAUUUAAUUGGUGCCUUACUAAUGGGGAUGGAAAGGUCUUGGGUUCUGGACUAAUAGAUUUGCCUUCAAUAGAACCUCAAAAAACACACAAAAUUUUACUAGUAUCGUGUCCAUGGUACUCACUCUGGCGUAAUUUAGCUAUUGGAGAAGUAUUUCUAACUAUCUCUGCUAAACUUAUACAUCCCACACGCUGGGUAGAUGCUGGACAUUUUGUUGCUUCAGAGCAACUUUGCCUUCCUGUUAUCCAGAGAAUUAGUAAUCAACUUACCAUGUCUGAAAGUACAAGAUUAGAGGCUGAACGUUUCAAAGACAGCAUUUACAUCAUUAAAGGAGAUGAGUGGCAAAUGGAAUUUAAUUCAAGCACUGGAGUUCUUCAGCAAUGGAAGAUUAACAAUUUUCCUAUAUUAAAAAAAGGUAUUUUUCCAUGCUUUUGGAGAGCACUAACUGAUAAUGAUAAAGGAGGAGAGGAGCACAGUUAUGCCUUCCGUUGGAAAGCUUUCUUCCUUGACAGACUUGAAGUUCACACUACAAGCUGCCAUAUUGCAAAGGUCACACGGCAUGUUGUCCAAAUAGAAGUGACUCAUCUUAUUAAACCAAAGGAUGUUGAAGAUGUGGCACUUAUAGAGAGGAUGAGCAAACAAAGUCAUUAUUCUUCAAAAUUAGAGCAGGCACCAUCGGAUAAAACAACUGACCAUGUUGAAGAAAAAGUAAAAGGUGACAGCCUUAAGCAGCUUGAAAGCAAUCCCUUUUGGUUCAAGGUCAAUGUUACAUAUUGGGCAUAUGGAACAGGAGAUCUAAUUCUGCAGUACAAUGUAGAACCAAACAAGGAACUUCCACCUCUUCCACGCAUUGGCCUAGAGUUUGGGAUAGAUAAGAGUUUUAAGCAAGUCGAGUGGUUUGGCAGAGGACCCUUUGAAUGCUAUCCAGAUAGAAAGCAUGCAGCUCAUGUUGGAAUAUACAAGAAGGAUGUUUCAGAUAUGCAUGUUCCAUAUAUUGUUCCCAGUGAGAAUGGUGGCAGAGCAGAUGUCAGAUGGGUUGCAUUCACAAAUCCUCAAGGCAUUGGUCUAUUUGCUAGCUGCUAUGAUGAGUCUCCUCCAAUGCAGAUGAGUGCAAGCUAUUAUAGCACUGAGGAUUUGGACAAAGCAACUCAUGAGGAGGAGCUUAGAGAAGGGGAUAGCAUUGAGGUGCAUCUUGACCACAAGCAUAUGGGUUUAGGAGGAGAUGACAGUUGGUCACCUUGUGUACAUGAUGAGUAUUUAGUGCCUCCAAUACCUUGCAACUUUUCUGUAAGGUUCUCACCUACAAAUAUAUCACAUUCUCCAUACACGGAUCUUUUCUUCUCAGUACUUCCAAAAUAGUGAUGCAAAAGGCAUCUUUAAUGUUGUGACCUUUUGUUGAAUGCUUCAUCAUGCCCAAAUACUUCCUUUCCAAAGUUCUUAUGUUUACAUGAGAUAUUGUAUUUGUUAUUAUUUAAUUUUGCAAAAUACCUUAGUAAUAUAGUGCUUGAAGCUUGUUUAAUCUUA